CCCCCCUGGUCGCGAGUAGCGCAUGCGUGGCCGCGACUCCCAGCGCCCCCCGCGCUCUCAGCUGGAGGAGCUGAAGAGGCUGCUUGCCAGCCGUUCACCGCCCCCCACCCUCACCCCAUCCCCGCGAGGCCUUGCUCAUAGCUUCUUCCCCUCUGGCCGAGGUUCCCGGCAUCCUCGUGAGGAGGAACCCUGAACGCUGCAGGCGCUGCUGGGAGCCUGGACACUCCUGCACUCGCGCCCCUGUGAGGCACCUGCAGCGGCCUGGACCCGGGCCAGGACCCCUAGGCCGCCCGCGCCUCCUGGGGCCUCGCGGACACACCCCCUCCCGGUCGCAGCCUCCGCCCACCUUCAGUCCCCUGGGUUCCCUUCCAGCCCUGCGCCUUGUUCUCUUUCUGACCUUGCACUCUAAAGAACCUCAUGAGAGAGGGCACAUCUUGAUUGGAUAAGAGUCCGUGUUUGCAGACUUUUAGGGUGGGUACACAUUCACCUUUUCAAGAGCCUUGUACCUAUUCGAUUAAUCAGCCUGGUGUUCCUUGUUCCAGCUGACGUGCUAUCUUUUAUCUCCCCACCGUCCCAUAUUUCCAAGGACAUUAAGUGGAGGGCAUUUGGAAGCUUCUCUGAGCCCUAACUUGGAGCUAGACCUAUUGGCCUCUUUGGAUCAUGGCUACAGUGAUAAACCCUCAGAUGGACGUAGAAGUUGAGGAGUGCCUCAUAAUGAAAGUGGAAAAGGACUCCGGGUGGGCAUCGGAGCCCAUUCUGGAAAGAUCAGACAGCACUGAAUGUGAAUCCUUUCGUAAAUGCUUCAGGCAGUUCUGUUAUGAGGAUGUGACAGGACCCCAUGAAGCUUUCAGUAAACUCUGGGAACUCUGCUGCCGGUGGUUGAAGCCAGAAAUGCGUUCCAAGGAACAGAUCCUCGAACAGCUGGUAAUCGAACAGUUUCUCACCAUUCUGCCUGAGAAGAUUCAGGCCUGGGCACAGAGGCAGUGUCCAGAAAGCGGAGAGGAGGCGGUGGCCCUAGUAGUACAUUUGGAGAAAGAGACCAGAAGACUUCGGAAGCAGGUCAGUGGCCCUCAGCACUCAGAGAAGCAAGCCCCACCUAGAACUGUGUGGGAAGUAGCUAACUAUGAACCAGAGCAACUGGAGACCCAGCACAGGGUUGUUUCUCGGGAGGAGGCUGGACACGUCCACUCAGGACACCAGGAACAGCUGAACCAAAAAAGGGAGCAUAGGCCAUUACCUAAGAAUGCUCACUCUUCUGUCUGGGCUCCUGUCCCUAGUGGUGAGUGGACCGCUGUAGAUGAGGAGGCGACAACACAGGAGCCAGUAAGAGAUGUCCACACGGUGAGAAGCUUUCCCUACAAAAGGAGUGUACAGCAAGUUCCUGCUCACAGAGAUCUCUACCAUGAAAUCAGGAAGGAAAGUGCAUGCAGCGUGGUUUCCCUGGGAGACACUGUGUCUGCACCUAACAAAAUAGCCCAGUUGGAACAAAAAAAGGAACCAUGGACUGUAGGUCUACAUUCCUCAAAUAAGAGGACUAGUGUCCUGCAAAGCAAAAUCAGCAAAGAGAAGUCAGUGCACGCUGUUCAGAUCCCAGCAAGGAGUGCAGGGAAAGUGUGGCGGGAGCAGCAACAGUGGGGUUUAGAAGAUGAAAAAAUCGCAGGUGUGCACUGGAGCUAUGAAGAAACCAAGACUUUUCUUGCGAUUCUCAAGGAAUCUCGCUUUUAUGAAACACUCCAGGCUUGUCCCCGAAAUAGCCAGGUGUAUGGUGCUGUGGCUGAAUGGUUGCGAGAAUGUGGCUUCCUCAGAACACCAGAGCAGUGCCGGACCAAGUUCAAAAGUCUUCAGAAGAGUUAUCGAAAAGUGAGAAAUGGUCACAUGCUAGAACCCUGUGCCUUCUUUGAGGACAUGGAUGCCUUGCUAAACCCUGCAGCCCACGCUUCAUCUACUGAGAGGCCAAAGGCCGUGAUCUCUCUCCCACUAAAGAGAAGUGCUGUUAGUGCUAAAGAGCAGGUCAGUUUGGUGGAGGAGGAGGAAGGUGCUGAAGACUCUGAUGGCGAUGAAGUGGGCAUUGAGUUUGUACGCAAGUCUGAAAUCCGUGCUGCCCCUAUCUUGUUUCAAAACCUGAGUGGUGUGCACUGGGGCUAUGAAGAAACCAAGACCUUUCUUGAUAUCCUUCAAGAGACACGAUUUUAUGAAGCACUUCAAGCCUGUCAUCGGAAGAGCAAAUUGUAUGGAGUUGUGGCUGAACAACUUCGAGAGUGUGGCUUUCUGCGGACACCAGAGCAAUGCCGAACCAAGUUCAAAAGCCUCCAGAAGAGUUACCGAAAAGUGAAGAAUGGCCAUGUACUGGAGUCCUGUGCUUUUUACAAGGAGAUGGAUGCCCUGGUGAACUACCGUACGGCUGCCCUUCCCACCAACACCUCAGAAGAAAUCCCAUCACUCUCAAGGCAAGAAAGGGGACAUAUUGAGGUUGAACCCCAAGAGCCUACAACCUGGGAACCUAAGGCGAGCUCACAGGAGGUGGUGUUAGAAGAUUCUGGCAGUGAGAGAAUGAGUGAGGAGGAAAUUACAGAAGAGCCGGAACUUGAAGGACCUGCAGGCCUGCCGCAGAGCCCAACUGAUUUUGAAAUUGGAAAUAUUAUUAAGGAAGCCCCAACACAGGUAAUUUUUAAGGACACAGAGUCCCAUAGAGCAUUAAUAGAAAAGCCUAAAAGAUUUGUUUCCCAGAAUACCAACCCCAGUAAAUACGGUAAAAGGGAGUGCUUUUCAGGAAGACACUGGGAAAACCUUCAAGGAGUUAGACAGGGAAAACUGAUGUCUCAGCCUAGAGAUACAGGGAAGGCUGUGGUGCAUCAGAGGCCUUUUGUGGGAAGGAGACCAUACAGACUUCUCAAAUAUGGAGAAAACUUUGGAAGGAGUGCCCGCCUUGUGUGCAGGAUGACCCACCAGAAGGAGAAUCCUUAUAAGUGUGGUGUCUGUGGAAAGUGUUUUGGUAGGAGCAGAAGCCUAAUCAGACACCAAAGAAUCCACACUGGGGAAAAACCUUUCAAAUGUCUUGAUUGUGGAAAAAGCUUUAAUGACUCUUCAAAUUUUGGAGCCCACCUGAGAAUCCACACUGGAGAGAAGCCGUACAGAUGCAGGGAGUGUGGGAAAUGCUUCAGUCAGAGCUCAAGUCUUAUCAUCCAUCAGAGAACCCACACAGGUGAGAAGCCCUAUCAGUGUGAAGAGUGUGGGAAAAGCUUCACCAACAGUUCUCACUUCAGUGCCCACCGCAGAGUCCAUACUGGAGAGAAUCCCUACAAAUGUGGGGACUGUGAGAAGAGCUUCAAUAACUGCACAAGGUUUCGAGAACACCGGCGAAUCCACACUGGAGAGAAGCCCUACACAUGUGCCCAGUGUGGCAAACAUUUCAAUAAGAGCUCUUUCCUCACCAAACACCGGGAAAUCCACAUGCGAGAAAAGCUGCUGCCAUACUCCCCUUCUGUGUACUCCCCAGAGAACCUACUGAAAGCCAGGAGUGCCGAGCUCAGGAAGACCUUUUGACAGUGAGCUUGUCUUUCCACUCGCCCCUUAGCCAUCUAAUCCUAGUCCCGCUCUUGGAAGCAAUCCCUUCUUAGCUGUAAAUUACAGUUCCCAAGACAGGCCUGAGAAUAGAAAUAAACUAAACUUCUCAUCUGUUCUCACCUCAUAGCCUAACAUGCUCAAGCUGCCUCUCUCCAAUGAGUCUUGGCAAUUUUAAUAAAUUCAGAAUAAAUUUCUCACUAGAA